AUGAUUCCAGAUUUCAGCGAAGAAAAAUCUCCAAAAAGCGGCGAGGAAAUGAGCCGGCUUCGAUCUGGUGGAACGACAAUCCUCACGGCGAGCACUGUACAAUAUGGUCGCCCGCCGCAGAAACGCCCGGUCUACCGAUCCGAAUUCGUCAUCCGGCUAAGGAAGGUCCAAAAAUCCGCUCUAGAAUUUUGCAUAGCGGAAGAUCGCCACGAAUUUUUCUUCCAAAAAGUUCCUAGAGCAAAAUUUACAGCAAGAAAAGUUUCUUUCAUCGAGUUUUAA